AUGGCAACUGCUCCCGAACACAAGGUGCUACAGAAGGGUGGUGCUCCCUGUCUUCCUAAGACCCCCUACAUCUCUCCCACAGCUCCCUGUCUUCCUAAGACCCCCUACAUCUCUCCCACAGCUCCCUGUCUUCCUAAGACCCCCUACAUCUCUCCCACAGCUCCCUGUCUUCCUAAGACCCCCUACAUCUCUCCCACAGCUCCCUGUCUUCCUAAGACCCCCUACAUCUCUCCCACGGCUCCCUGUCUUCCUAAGACCCCCUACAUCUCUCCCACGGCUCCCUGUCUUCCUAAGACCCCCUACAUCUCUCCCACGGCUCCCUGUCUUCCUAAGACCCCCUACAUCUCUCCCACGGCUCCCUGUCUUCCUAAGACCCCCUACAUCUCUCCCACAGCUCCCUGUCUUCCUAAGACCCCCUACAUCUCUCCCACAGCUCCCUGUCUUCCUAAGACCCCCUACAUCUCUCCCACAGCUCCCUGUCUUCCUAAGACCCCCUACAUCUCUCCCACAGCUCCCUGUCUUCCUAAGACCCCCUACAUCUCUCCCACGGCUCCCUGUCUUCCUAAGACCCCCUACGUCUCUCCCACGGCUCCCUGUCUUCCUAAGACCCCCUACAUCUCUCCCACGGCUCCCUCUCCCUGUCUUCCUAAGACCCCCUACGUCUCUCCCACAGCUCCCUGUCUUCCUAAGACCCCCUACGUCUCUCCCACAGCUCCCUGUCUUCCUAAGACCCCCUACGUCUCUCCCACAGCUCCCUGUCUUCCUAAGACCCCCUACGCCUCUCCCACAGCUCCCUGUCUUCCUAAGACCCCCUACGUCUCUCCCACAGCUCCCUGUCUUCCUAAGACCCCCUACCUCCCUGUCUUCCUAAGACCCCCUACGUCUCUCCCACAGCUCCCUGUCUUCCUAAGACCCCCCUACGUCUCUCCCACAGCUCCCUGUCUUCCUAAGACCCCCUACGUCUCUCCCACAGCUCCCUGUCUUCCUAAGACCCCCUACGUCUCUCCCACAGCUCCCUGUCUUCCUAAGACCCCCUACGUCUCUCCCACAGCUCCCUGUCUUCCUAAGACCCCCUACGUCUCUCCCACAGCUCCCUGUCUUCCUAAGACCCCCUACGUCUCUCCCACAGCUCCCUGUCUUCCUAAGACCCCCUACGUCUCUCCCACAGCUCCCUGUCUUCCUAAGACCCCCUACGUCUCUCCCACGGCUCCCUGUCUUCCUAAGACCCCCUACGUCUCUCCCACAGCUCCCUGUCUUCCUAAGACCCCCUACGUCUCUCCCACAGCUCCCUGUCUUCCUAAGACCCCCUACGUCUCUCCCACAGCUCCCUGUCUUCCUAAGACCCCCUACGUCUCUCCCAAAGCUCCCUGUCUUCCUAAGACCCCCUACGUCUCUCCCACAGCUCCCUGUCUUCCUAAGACCCCCUACGUCUCUCCCACAGCUCCCUGUCUUCCUAAGACCCCCUACAUCUCUCCCACAGCUCCCUGUCUUCCUAAGACCCCUACAUCUCUCCCACAGCUCCCUGUCUUCCUAAGACCCCCUACGUCUCUCCCACAGCUCCCUGUCUUCCUAAGACCCCCUACGACUCUCCCACAGCUCCCUGUCUUCCUAAGACCCCCUACAUCUCUCCCACAGCUCCCUGUCUUCCUAAGACCCCCUACAUCUCUCCCACAGCUCCCUGUCUUCCUAAGACCCCCCUACGUCUCUCCCACAGCUCCCUGUCUUCCUAAGACCCCCUACAUCUCUCCCACAGCUCCCUGUCUUCCUAAGACCCCCUACGCCUCUCCCACAGCUCCCUGUCUUCCUAAGACCCCCUACAUCUCUCCCACAGCUCCCUGUCUUCCUAAGACCCCCUACAUCUCUCCCACAGCUCCCUGUCUUCCUGAGACCCCCUACAUCUCUCCCACAGCUCCCUGUCUUCCUAAGACCCCCUACAUCUCUCCCACGGCUCCCUGUCUUCCUAAGACCCCCUACAUCUCUCACACACACCCUAAAGAAGAAGAACCGCCUUGUCUUCUUAACGCCCAUCUCUCUUACACAUCCCUCAGUAAAAGGCUUUCGUGA